AUGGCGGAACCAGAAGCACAACCUCCGAUUCAAACGGUUCAGGAAAAUGAUGAGAAGAAACUCAACUCGGCCCUCUACGAAUACGCCAAGGAGAAUUCCGGUCCGUUGAAGCCCGGAGUUGAGACCGUCGAAGGGACUGUCAAAGCCGUCAUUGGACCGGUCUACGACAAAUUCCAGGAUGUUCCCUUUCAGCUUCUCAAGUUUGUCGAUCGCAAGGUCGAUGAGUCCAUAACCGAGUUGGACCGUCACGUCCCCGCUCUACUUAAAGAGAUUGCGUACCAAGCGACGGCCGCGGCUCAGAAGGCUCCGGAAGUGGCCCAUGAGUUGGCUGCGGAAGUGCAGCGCGAUAGCUUAUUGGACACUGCGACCAACAUUGCCAAAUCCCUGUACGCCAAGUACGAGCCUGCAGCCAAGGAACUCUACACGGAGUACGAGCCAAUAGCUGAGAAGUAUGCGGUUUCAGCUUGGCGCCUGUUGAACCGGCUUCCUUUGUUCCUUCAAGUGGCUGACGUCAUGAUUCCCACGGCCGCCUAUUGGGCGGAGAAAUAUAAUCAAGCCGUGGCUUAUACGGCUGAGAAAGGCUAUCCGCUGUCGUAUUACUUGCCUUUAGUGCCAAUCGAGAGAAUCGCCAAGAUAUUUGAGGGGGCUGAGAACGAGCCAGUUGUUUCUACCAAUGGAGAAUAUGUAGCCGUCUCGGAAUAA